AUGAAGUUCGGGAAGGAACUGGCUUCCCAGAAGGUUCAAGAAUGGGGGGAAGCAUACAUUGAUUACAACUCUCUAAAGGGAGUUCUGAAAGAAAUCUCCAGAUUCCAGCGGCGGAAUGCGGCGGCGGCGGCGGCGACGCGCAAGAAUUCAUUGAAGAGAAGGCUGUCAAUGUACCGGGCUUUCAGCGGGUUGACGAAUCGAUUGAGCAUCCCGAGAGGCGGUACACCGAGGAGCGAUCACGAAGAUGAAGUUAUACUGGUGAAUGCUGUGGAGCAGGAAGGGAUUGGAGGGGCGCCGCAGUAUCAGACAAUGUUCCUUAUGUCCUCAGAAGCGGGAGGAGAAUACGAGCUGGUGUUCUUCAGACGGCUUGACGAUGAGUUGAAUAAAGUUGUUAGGUUUUACAGAGAAAAGGUGGAGGAAGUGAGGAAGGAGGCGGAUGAGCUAAGCAAGCAAAUGGAUGCACUUAUAGCUCUCCGGAUCGUCGUAGAAAAGCCUCCGGUGCCGGUGGAUAUCAAUGGCGACCAGAUAAGAGAUUCUGCAGCCAUUGAAGCUAAUAAGUCACAUAUGGAUGCAAUACAAGAAAUUGAGAUGAGUGGUGAAGGAAUGGGUGAGGAGAACACAAGGAUUAUUGAAGAGAAGACGACUAACAAAUUCACAGAUUUCAGGCCUGCUCCAUUACACGUGUUGAACGAUGUAAGAGUCAACAUCCAACCUGAAACUCCCAUCUCCACUUUGAAGAACAUUUUGAAGGCAUCAAACUCUCAACUCAAAUACAGCCGGGCCGAGCUAAGGAAGGCUGAAGAAAGAUUGAGAAAGGCAUUCAUGGAGUUCUAUGGAAAGCUUAGACUUCUCAAGAGUUACUGUUUCUUGAACACAUUGGCAUUUUCCAAGAUCAUGAAGAAGUAUGACAAGAUCACUUCAAGGAAAGCUUCAAGGUCAUACCUAGAGAUGGUUGAUAAGUCUUAUCUUGGAAGCUCUGAUGAGAUUAAGGGUGUGUUUGAAAACUCGAAAAAUGAUUUCAGUGUAUGGCAACAAGAAAAUUUUAAAAUCAAUGGAAAAUAA